CCGUGUUUAAGUUUCGUUUUCCUUUCCUCGGGAAUCACUUUUACUUCCUCGUCGCUCCAGAAACUCGACUCUGGACCGAUUCUCUUCGACACGAUGGAGGCUGCGAUCGUGAAGCGGCUCUGCGCUAACAACGGAUCUAUGGAUUACGACGCUUUAAUAUCGACGUUCGGUCUGCACGACGAAACCAUCGUGGACUCGGUCGUCGGUAGAAGCGAGUCGGUCGUGGCGGCGGUCGUGAACGGACAGAAGAAAGUGAUCGCCAGAACCAAAGUCCGUCUGUGUCGAGCCCAGAACUGCUCCGGAUGCUCCAAUCUUCAUCUGUGCAAGUGGUUCCUGUUCGGUUCCUGCCGCUUCGACAAGGGAAGACGAGGAUGCCGCUUCAGUCACAAUCUGCUCUCCGACGGGAACGCAUUAGUCCUGACCGCUCACGGGCUGAACGCACUGGAUGUAAAGGAGCUGUGUGUUCUACUCCUGCAGAGCGAUAACUCUCUCCUGCCAGCGGUGUGUUACUCGUAUAAUAACGGCGCGGGAGAGUACGGCCGCUGUCCGGACGCAGAGAACUGCAGGAGGCUCCACAUCUGUGAGCGGUACCUGCGAGGAUCCUGCGACUGCACUCGCUCGCACGACUUCUACGAGCCGCAUCCGCUGAAGACCCUGCAGGACAGAGGCGUCCCGGCCGAACUCAUGGGCGCCAUGAAGGACCUGUACUCCAACAUCGAAGCCCUGAGGCGUCUUUCCAAGGCCACGGGAGCGAACCCCAGGAGGGGCCCGAAUGCACAGAACCGGAGACCUUCGAGCGGAUUCAACGCCGGCAGAGGACCGGACGCUCAGAGACCUCCACAAAACAACACAGAGAAAACGGAGAUCUGCAUGUAUUUCAUCAAAGGACACUGCAAGCACGGGGUCUCGUGUAGAAGGGAGCAUUCCACCCUGCCCUAUAAAUGGGAAGUGAAGGACGGAUCCGAGUGGAAGGCUCUUCCUGACAAUGAGGUCAUCGAGAAAGAUUACUGCGAUCCUGCUAAAAUAUACAGCUCUGGAAUGAGCGGGGUUUGUUUCGAUACGAUGACCCAGGGCCCGUCCAGCGUGCGGCGUCUGUCCACGGUCCCGUCUGUGCUCCAGCCCACCUUCAUCCUGACCACCGAGUGGCUCUGGUACUGGGAGGACGAGUAUGGGAACUGGGUCCAGUACGCUACAUCAGUCGGUGGUCAUACACUGUCCUCCAUCUCCAGCGAUGAACUCGAGCAGAAGUAUCAGGCUGAUAACAUCGCUGUGGUGGAGUUCACAGCCGGAUCGCAGACGUAUGAGCUCAGCUUCACGGAUAUGAUCCAGACCAACAAACGCUACGCCACCAAAAAAGUCGUCAGGCGUCGCCCCAAAUUUGUGCCAGCGGCUGAAGUUCGAACGAUCAAGACAACUAAAAGGGUGCCCAAUAACUUCAAGGCUCUGCCGGAGCACUGGGAUAAAGCUCUGACUCCUGAAACCGGAUACAAGAGCGCGUCGCUGCAGACCACGUCCCCUGAAUACAUCAGAAUCAAAGAUCUGUUCAGUCGCACCAUGGUCGGCUUCAGAAUCCUGAAGAUUGAGAGGAUCCAGAACAAAGCAUUAUGGGAGGUUUAUCAGUGGCAGAAGGACUUCAUGAAAAAGAACAACGGAGGCCGAGACGUGACCGAGAAGCAGCUCUUCCACGGCACUGACAGCACGCAUUUAGACGCCAUCUGCCGCAACAACUUCGACUGGAGGAUCUGUGGAACUCACGGCACGGCCUACGGAAAAGGUAGUUAUUUCGCCAGGGAUGCCAAGUACUCUCACAGCUACACCAAAGACUCGGGCACCCGCUCCAUGUUCGUGUGCCGCAUUCUGGUGGGCUCCUACACCAAAGGAGAAUCCAGCUACCUCCGGCCUCCGUCCAGAGACCGGGGGGACACCGUCUUCUUCGACAGCUGCGUGAACGACGUCUACGAUCCUUCCAUAUUCGUGGUGUUUGAAAAGCACCAGAUCUACCCCGAGUAUCUGAUCGAGUACACGGACUCCGGCGGCUCGGUCUCCCGGUGCCCAGCGGUGCGUCCAGCGGUGCGUCCAGCGGUGGCGGUGACCAGGCCUGUUCCUUCCUACAGAAACACAAGCGCCUUCGCCUAUAAUUACCCCACAGCCGCGUCUCCUUCACCGUCCUCCUCCUCAAACACCUCCUUCUAUAAGCCUUCCUCGUCCGCCUCAUCCUCGUACUCCUCCCCGUUGGCUUCUUCUUCGUUUUCAUCAACUACUCCAAAGUCUUCAAAGUCGGAGAACCAGUGCAUCGUUAUUGAAUCAGUGUUCAGAGAGUCGUUUGCUGAUCUGGAGUCGGUUCUCAGAGAUCCGUCUGACUCGGUUCGGUUCGGUUCGGUGUCAGAAGUCAUGGCGGAAGAGACGAUCCUGAAGGUUUUGUGCGGGAAUCACGGCUCGGUGGAUUACGAGCGUCUUCUGGACGUUUCUUACGGACUGAAGGAGAGUUCACUGGAUGAAGUUCACCGGAGACGUCUUCAGCGUCGUUCAGGGAGACUGUGUAGAAAGAUCCAGUGUGACGUGCUCCGUGAACACCUCCACCUGUGUGAAUAUCUGCUGAUGAUGGGACAAAAUAAAUGCAGUAAAACACAUUGUGAAAUGUCCUUUAAGUGGGAGGUGAAGCUGGGCCGAAGGUGGCGUGGUUUACCCAGCAGUGAACAGAUAGAGCGGGAUUCCUGCGACCCGUACAACACACACAGAGUCAUCAUGAAUUACCUGCGCAGGCGUCUGUCGGACAGUAGUUUCGUAGCCAAUCUGCCGAACGGCUACAUGAUGGACCUGCAGCGUCCGUCCAGCUCCAGCAGCUCUCCAGCGUCUCCGGCCACAGAACGCCGCCCGGCCCCUGCUCCUGCCCCCGCGUCGGCCCCGGCCACUGCCCCGACCCCGGCCCCGGCCCCUGCUCCCUUCCCGGGCCCCGCGGGCUUCCUCAGCUCCUUCUCCAGCGUGGUGAAGACGGCUCAGAUCGCCAGCGCUGUUCAGGCCAAAGCCGCCGCCGCCGCUGCGCACUCAGACGCACCGAAACCUGCCGCACGCAAACCCUUGAUCCUGCUGGUCAUCGACGAGCCACACACAGACUGGGUGAAGUACUUCAGAGGAAGGAAGCUGAACGGCGAGUGUGAGAUCCGCGUGGAGCAGGCCGAGUUCUCUGAGAUCAACCUGGUGUCGUGUGUGAACUCCGGCUGUACGGUGGACAUGCAGGUCAGUCGAGGAGGAACCAAAGUGGUCAGAUCGUUCAGGCCGGAUUUCGUUCUGGUCCGGCAGCACGCCUACAGCAUGACCCCGGGCGAGGACUUCAGGAGCCUGGUGAUCGGCCUGCACUACGGCUCCGUUCCCAGCGUCAACUCGCUCUUCUCCAUCUACAACUUCUGCAGCAAACCCUGGGUGUUCUCUCACAUGAUCAAACUCUACCAGACUCUGGGUCCAGAGAAGUUCCCGCUCAACGAGCAAACCUUCUUCCCCAACCAUACACAGAUGCUGCCCACCGCAUCGUUCCCAGUGGUGCUGAAGAUGGGCCACGCCCACUCCGGCAUGGGCAAGAUCAAGGUGGAGACUGUGAAUGAUUUCCAGGACAUCACCAGUGUGGUGGCCAUCGCUAAGACCUACGCCACGGCCGAGCCCUUCGUCGACUCCAAAUACGACAUCCGCAUCCAGAAGAUCGGCAGCAACUACAAAGCCUACAUGAGGACGUCCAUCUCAGGGAACUGGAAGGCCAACACCGGUUCAGCCAUGCUGGAGCAGAUCGCCAUGACAGACAGGUACCGUCUGUGGGUGGACUCUUGCGCUGAGAUAUGGGGUCUGGACAUCUGUGCGGUCAAAGCUGUCCACGGCAAAGACGGGAAGGACUACAUCAUAGAGGUGAUGGACAGCUCGAUGCCUCUGAUCGGUGAACAUGUGGAGGAGGACCGGCAGCUGAUCUGUGAUCUGAUCAUCAGUAAGAUGUCCUUCGCUCUGCUGGGGGUGACCACACCACAAACAAACACUAAGACUCAACCUGGACCACAGACGACUCAACCGAGACGAGCUCCAGGUGGUCCUCGCUCUGGCUCUGCUUCUCCGUCUCAGUCGGGUCAGGCGUCUCCUCAGAGAGCCCGGUCUGCCACUACCUCGCCCAGUCAGGCCUUCCAGCCGGGGCCCAUUCCCUCCGGCGGCUCCGGCUCCCAGAAACAACCCACGCAGCUCAAUAAAUCCCAGUCGCUCACCAACACCUUCAGCGAGACGCUGCGUGGAAACACGACGGACGACGAGGCCAAAGCAGAAACCAUCCGCAGCCUCCGCCAGUCCUUCGCCAGCCUGUUCUCUGACUAACACACACACACACACACACACACACACACACACACACACACACACACACACACACACACACA